UGAAGGUUCGUACAGAAGGAGGUCGGAGCACCAGGUGUCGGCAGCGAAGGCCCAGUGGAACCGGCCCGGAGGAUUGGGACUCCCCUACAGCCAGCCAGUUGUCCACUGAGUUCGGAACCUCCCAGCACUCACGUGUAUGACACACGAAGACCCAGACACACCCAUGGCAGAGGAUGCAAACCCCUGGAGCGAAGGAGGCCCGGCGCCAAGGCCCCCGGGCUGGGGCCGGGAAGAACGUGCGGGGCUCGGGACCGGGUGAGAAGCGCGGGAAGAGGGCGCCCGCGACGGAGCCCCCCAAGCCAGGUUGGGCCCUGACCCUGGAGGGGCUGGCGGCCAUGCACCCCACGCAGCGUCACCACCACCUGCUCUUCGGCGACCUGCUAGAGGAUGUAGGCGCGGACGCCUCCGUCUUCCCGCGGGAGUCGGUGGAGCUAGGCUACUGCAUGCCCGACCCGCGCGCGUGGACCCAGGCCCUCGAGCUGCCUGUCGAGGGCCAGAAGCGCGCUCUCCCGCGACCGCAGGCGGAGGAGACCUCGCUCCUCAUCCAGCAGCAGAAGACCGCGCGCGCCGCCAUCCGGCUGGAGCUGUUCCUGCCGCCGCAGCUAAAGCCCACGCGGAUCCCAGACCCCCUGGACAGGCAAGAGAGGAGGCGCGUGGAGACCAUUCUGGAGGAGACGGCGGAGGGCGGCAUCUUCCCGCGGUGAUGCUAGUGCGCGGCUGUCCUGCCUCCCACAUAAAGUUCUUCUCC